AUGCUGAAGAAGAGAAAUAUAGAAAAUCAAUCUACAAUGGACUUGAGUGAAGGGUACAUGUCACAUGAGCUUCAAGAACAAUUUCGAUCCGCUUCAGAGAGUGCAGAUCCAUCUUCUGUAUCUCCAUUGCAAAUCUACACUUCACCAAAGUCGCCGAAAUCACCCCAAUCCCCACAGGGAAAGCAUAGUCCAAGCCCAGGGAGUCCACUCAAAAAUCAAAGGCAUUCGCAUUCCAAGAGAGAUGGUCGUCCGAAGAAAGAUGGUUGUGGAGGAAAAGGAACCUGGGGAGGGCUACUUGAUACAGACGAUGAUUGCACCCUAGACCUUAAUGAUCCAAACUACAGCAGCAAUGAGGAGGACAAGAGUUCUAUUGCUAAGAAGACAAAUUCGGAAUUUGAAGAAUACAAAAAGAAGGCUAUAAUUAUAGUAGAGGAAUAUUUUGCCAAUGAUGAUGCUAUCUCGACCGCCAAUGAGCUAAUAGAACUGGAAAUGUCGAGCUAUAACUAUUAUUUUGUCAAAAAGCUUGUUUCUGUUGCUAUGGACAGGCAUGACAAAGAAAAAGAAAUGGCUGCAGUUUUGUUAUCUUCACUUUAUGGAAACGUGAUUGAUCCUCCCCAAGUUUAUAAAGGUUUUCAGAAGCUCUUGGAGUCUACAGAUGAUUUGAUUGUAGACAUACCAAAUGCAGUUGAUAUUCUUGCAUUAUUUAUUGCUCGAGCGGUGGUUGAUGACAUACUUCCUCCCUCGUUCUUGACAAAAGCAAUGGCUUGUUUGAGUAAGGACUCAAAGGGGGUUGAUGUCAUCAGAAGAGCUGAAAAGGGCUAUUUGUCGGCUCCUUUACAUGUAGAAGCCAUUGAGAGGCGUUGGGGGGGUGGCAAGAACAAAACGGUUGAAGACUUGAAGGGUAAGAUUAAUAACUUAUUGAUCGAGUAUGUAGUGAGUGGUGAUGUAAAAGAGGCAUGUAGAUGCAUCAAGGAUCUGAAUGUUCCUCACUUCCACCACGAGAUUGUCAAGCGCGCUGUUAUAAUGGCUAUGGAAAAAAGGCAAGCAGAAAACUGCCUUCUCGACUUGCUGAAGAGAGCUGCUGAAGAAGGUCUUAUUAAUUCAAGUCAAAUAUCACUGGGAUUUGGCCGAAUUAUUGACUCUGUCGAUGACUUAUCUCUAGAUAUACCAAAUGCAAAGGUGAUAUUACAGUCUUUGAUCUCGAAAGCAGCAUCAGAAGGGUGGUUGUGUGCCUCAUCUUUGAAGUCACUGUCACUCCGGCCCGGGAAUCAAGCCGUUGAAGACAGUACGAUUAAAUCCUUCAAGAUAAAGGCUCAGUCGAUAAUUAAGGAGUACUUUUUGUCUGGUGACAUUUCUGAGGUAUGCCAUUGUUUAGAAUCUGAGAAAGUUUCCUCUAUGGCUGAACUAAACGCAAUAUUUGUGAAGAAACUGAUUACUUUGGCCAUGGACAGAAAAAAUCGAGAGAAGGAAAUGGCUUCUGUUUUGUUAUUAUCGUUAUGCUUCCCAACGGAUUAUGUGGUUAACGGAUUUACGAUGUUACUAGAAUCAGCUGAAGACGCUGCUCUCGAUAUCCCUGGUGUUGUUGAGGAUUUGGCAAUGUUUUUAGCAAGGGCAGUGGUGGAUGAAGUAUUGACUCCACAACAGUUAGAUGAGAUUGGGAGUGAGUUUUCGGGGUCAGAUACAAUAGGAAACAGAGUUACUCGAACGGCAACCUCCUUGCUGAAGGCUCGACUUUCUGGGGAGAGGAUAUUAAGGUGUUGGGGCGGUGGUGGAAGCUGCACCAGUGGACGAACAAUUGAAGAUGUGAAGGACAAAAUUGGAAAGAUAUUACAGGAGUUUGAGUCUGGUGGGGAGACGAGAGAAGCUUAUCUUUGCAUAAAAGAGCUCGGUAUGCCAUUUUUUCACCACGAGGUUAUAAAGAAAUCGUUGGUAACAAUUAUGGAGAAUAAGAACGAGAGAUUAUGGGGCUUGCUUCGAGAGUGUUUUAGCAUGGGACUUAUAACGGAGAACCAGAUGUUCAAUGGUUUUACGCGAGUGGCAGUGUCUCUCGAUGACUUGGCUUUAGAUGUACCCUAUGCUAAGAAACAGUUCGAACAUUACGUUGAAAGGGCUAAGGCUGAAGGUUGGUUGGACACUUCUUUUGGUGUCAAUGGAUCUGAACAUGGUUUAGAGAAUGGUUUUUGCAAAUGA